AUGGCCCAAAGGGUCCAUCCCUACGCCACCAUGCUCCAAUCCUCCCCCCAAAAUAUGGCCAUAAUACCCCAGCUCCCAGUUGGCCAAAACAUCCCGAAAAAGGACAAAAUCACCUUCCUUGUGAACUCGCUUACAGGCCUCCCGGACAACAAACAGCUCAUCUACAGAACGCUUGAUGCAUGGGUCGCAUGGGAACGCGACUUCCCUAUUGGGGCCGUAAAAAACGUGAUUCUCGCCCUUGAGAAGCAAAACCAAUGGCACCGGGUAAUUCAGGUCAUCAAGUGGAUGCUGAGCAAAGGGCAAGGGACGACUCGGGGGACCUACGGGCAGCUGAUUGAAGCCCUUGAUAGGGACAACAGAGUGGAGGAGGCAAACGAGAUCUGGAAAAAGAAACUCGCUUUUGAUUUGCAUUCGGUCCCUUGGAAGCUGUGCAAGAUGAUGAUUUCAGUUUACUACCGUAAUAAUAUGGUGGACGAGGUCGUGGGCCUGUUUGAGGGUCUUGAGGAUUUUGACAGGAAACCCCCUCAGAAAUCAAUAGUGCAGAAAGUGGCGAAUGCAUACGAGGUGCUGGGGUUGGUGGAGGAGAAAAGGCGGGUGCUCGAGAAGUAUAAGGGCCUGUUUGACGAACCUUCUGGUGGGAAAUUGAAGAAAGCUAGGAGGGCUAGUUCGCCGAGCCAGGAAGAUUGA